AUGGCAUCCACACUCCUUACCCUCCUCCGCCGGGACUGCAAUGGCGACGAGACCAUGUCCAGCUGCACAAAACCCACCAGCGCAGCAGUGACGGUCGGCAUUCCAGCCGCUAUAUCAGGGGUCCUCCUCCUCAUAGCUAUCAUCGUCCUGAUAGUCCUCUACAAGAAGCGCAUGGCCCGCGAUGACCGCGAAGAUCUAGAAGAACACAAACGAAAGUCAGGCUUCUACGCUCGCUACGCGACACAACGAUUCGGCGCCGAAGACGGACAACCAUCCCACGGAAACGCAUAUCCUUCAUCGCGGCGCGACUCGGACGACUCUCUCUUUGAUUUCAAGCAGGAUCACGGACGUUAUCAUAUGGCGCAGUUCAACGGGCCCGAGGUGCCGAAGCCCGUCGCGUCGGGUAGAGUUGCGUCCUAA